CCCAUUCACAGAGAACCCGGCUCGUCCCCGGGCCGUUCCGCCAGCUGUGAGGCACGCACCACACGGUUCGGGAUGAUGUCAUCCACUUUCUUUUGAGCAGUUUUCACGACACCGGAGAACACAGUUUUUUUUCCCUUUUUGUUGUUGCGGUGAGAGAGAGAUAUACGAUUGGGUGGGGAGGAUAUCUCAUCGAACGGACAGAGGACGGUAGUUGACUACCUACGGCACGACUCUCUCGAUUUGUCUGUGCGAUGAGGGCCACAUCAUGCACCACUGAUACCGUCUGUACCUACGCUGUCGCUAGCUUUCACCGCACAGCUGACAAACCAAAAGUGAACCGUAAAACAAUACGUGAAUCUAUAGCCAGCUAGCUUUUAUAUAUUAUCUAUUUUUUGCCUUACAUCCUUCAGUGACCGCCUUGCAGAGAAAAGUGAGAUUUAGGCGGCUCGGCUGACAUUUCCGGAUUCAUCCUCUCAGCUGUGUUGUUUUAGCAUCUCAAUAUACAGGCAUUUUGGUCGCUGUUUAUGUGACAACGGAGGCAAGCAAAGUGAAACUAAAGGUAACAAUCAUUUUGGUUUCCAGAGGACCUAUUUUUCUUGCUUUGGAAUAGAAAUGGACGGUGUUCAACAGUUCUGUAACUGUCUAGUUGGAGCUAGCUACUGUAGCUAGCUAUCUCCGGUCGGGAUAUAGUACGGUUAUGUGCGUGUCUGUGGUCUUUACAAACCAAAAAAGAGAAACAUUCGUAGUUCACGUUUCUCUGCCUUGAUAUUUGAUACAGUACAUUUUUUUUUAAACAUCUACAAUCGAGAUACCCUUGGCUUUGGAACAGGUAGAAUUCUUGGACCGAUUUUUUUUUUUUGGGGGGGGGGGUUUGACUGAGGCUGGAACAUGACAGACAUCCGAUCCACCCUUCCAUCCCGGUGCUCGGUCCUACUAUAACGUCGGAGUGGGAGGACGUUGCCAUCCCAUCUCAGGAUUAAACCAUGGCCAAUGAACCUGUUAUCCUUAAUGUGUAUGAUAUGUACUGGAUCAACGAGUACACUUCCACUCUGGGUGUUGGCGUCUACCACUCAGGCAUUGAGAUCUAUGGCCGAGAGUUUGCAUAUGGGGGCCACCCGUAUCCCUUCAGUGGCAUAUUUGAAAUCAAUCCUGGAAACGCCACUGAAUUAGGAGAGACCUUCAAGUUCAAGGAGGCUAUUGCUUUGGGCACAACAGACUUUGCAGUGGAGGAUAUGGAUAAAAUCAUGGAGGAGCUGGGGAGGGAUUUCAAGGGCAAUUCCUACCAUCUAAUGCACAAGAACUGCAAUCAUUUCUCAUCCUCACUGUCUGAGCUGUUGUGUGGGCGUGAGAUCCCUCGCUGGGUGAACCGCCUGGCUUACUUCAGCUCCUGCGUGCCCUUUCUUCAGACCUGCCUCCCUAAGGAGUGGCUGACCCCAGCAGCCCUCCAGAGCCACAUCAGCAUGGGCCUCCACAAGGAGGAGCGGGAGGCCGGGGAGUCCAGCGACGAGGACCCCAACUCAGCCUCCGGGACCGCCGGGGCGGGCACCGGAUCCUCACACAGCUGUCGCCAUACACGAGUCUGAACCAAUAACUGUAGGUCUGAAGAGAAUAGCCAAUAAGGACUCUCUCAAUGACCUUUGACCUCCGAACCCCUGGACCAGAAGGUCACCAGGUCACCUCUGCUGGGGAUGUAGUGAUGUAAUAUCUGUGGGCCUGACGGAAUAACCACCUGACCUCGUAGUACCCUGAGAACAGAGACGUGGGGACGGAUGAUUAGUUAGCCUGCUAGUACUAGCUCACAGAGCCCGCCGGGGCCAGGGGACCUGCAAAAACCUACAGAUCCUUGGAUCCUUUCCCUGGUUUUCUCCCUUUUAGAUAUGGUAGAUCUAUUCUGAAGGGGGAUUUGUUAUAGGUUUGUUUACCAACUAACUCAGAGCAUGGUAUGGCUCUUUUAGAUUGACCACAGCUACAUGAUGUACUGUAGGUCUGGGCUACUUUGUAGUAUUUCUCUUUUUCCAUGAACUUUUAAACCUUUUUCAGCCUUCAUCCCUGAACCACCCUGAUUCCCUUCUUGCAGAGCUCCUUCUAUUGUAGAGUAGACGGAUAUCAGACACCACAAAGAUACAUCUAAAGUGAUGUCCCAAAUGGAACCCUAUUCCCUAUAUAGUGCACUACUUUAGACCAGAGCCCUAUGGAACCCUAUUCCCUAUAUAUAGUGCACUAUUUUAGACCAGAGCCCUAUGGAACCCUAUUCCCUAUAUAGUGCACUAUUUUAGUCCAGAACCCUAUGGAACCAUAUUCCCUAUAUAGUGCACUAUUUUAGUCCAGAGCCCUAUGGAACACUAUUCCCUAUAUAUAGUGCACUAUUUUAGUCCAGAGCCCUAUGGAACCCUAUUCCCUAUAUAUAGUACACUAUUUUUUUGUUGUUGACAAGGGCCCAUAUGGCUCUGGUGAAAAUAAGUGCCCUAUCCAGGGCAUAGGGUUCCAUUUGGGACGACGCCUAAGUAUGUCUCUGCCUGAGACUACUAGUAUUGUGACGUUAGCAGGAUGUUACUUGCUGCUCAUUUCAAGAGGUACUUGUUCAAUAACCUCCUUACUUGGGCCUUCAGUCUUAACUUCAAAUAUGUUUUGUUUUGUUUAUGUGUGUGUGUGUGGGGGUGGAGUUAAUAUUCUGGCCAUUUUUUGGGGACGUUGAAGUGGACUAUAUAUAGUGAUAUGAACCAUAUAUAUAGUGAUAUGUGCUCUGUUUAGAAGGAGUAAUUACAUGUGUGAAUUUCAACCAGCACAUUUCUGUUCAACGUCAUUCUUAACUGAAAAUGAUGUGCCAAGAGCAAAGGAUUGGACAAAAGUGAAGACAUCGAAAUUAGUUUUGGACCAUAUUGAUUUCAAUGAUUACAUUUGAUCAUAUUAGUAUUAUAUAUUUGGGUGUUAUUUGUCUAUUUCAUGGUCUCAUGUAUUGUUUAACAAGACAUUGUCUGCCCCCCCCCCCAUAUAAUUAGCUAUUUACUACCAUCAUAUAUGAUGAUUAACACUGGCAGAUGUCUCUGAAACAUGCAUUUACACACUUCUUCACUGGGAACCAUUCAAUCUUUCAUCAGGAGAUGAAACAGAAAACUGAUCAAGAAAGCUCAGCCAUUGUAACCGAUCAGUCAGUGCAACAACAUAAGAAAUCUCAGCAGUGAAAGUGAAACUCGUAGUUGUUGCAUCACAGUUUUCCUCUUUUCUUGACCCCUCCUCCCCAUAGAGUGAUUGAGUAGGUGUGUGAGGGGUCUGGGGGCCCGUCAAGGGAGGGGUGUGUGUUACAGUUAGGGCAUUGUGUGAAGGAAAAGGGUUUUUGUUGUGAGAUGUAUUUUGAUUGGUGAGGCUAUGUUUCUGAAUGUGUUGGAUUCACAUGUGAUCCCUGAAACAAGGGGAGGAAGUUGUCCUACUACUAUAAUAUUGUGUUGUCCUACCGGUCAGCCAGUUUGAUUUGAUUUGUCCUACCGGCCAGUCAGUUGUCCUACCAGUCAGCCAGUUGUCCUACCAGUCAGCCAGUUGUCCUACCAGUCAGUCAGUCAGUUGUCCUACCAGUCAGCCAGUUGUCCCACCAGUCAGCCAGUUGUCCCACCAGUCAGCCAGUUGUCCCUCCAGUCAGCCAGUUGUCCCUCCAGUCAGCCAGUUGUCCCUCCAGUCAGCCAGUUGUCCCACCAGUCAGCCAGUUGUCCCACCAGUCAGCCAGUUGUCCCACCAGUCAGCCAGUUGUCCCACCAGUCAGCCAGUCCUGGACUAGAGUAUUACACUGACUACCAUCCUAUCAAACAAUAUAAAUAAUGCAGUUUCCAGACGAGACAGACGUUAGGCUACAUGUUAUCCCCCCUUUUCUGUUCUGUUCCUGCAUUAUAUUACAGCUGCUCUUGUAGAGUCAAUAGUAUCUAUUCUGAAGUCCAGUCCAUUGCAUUCCAUACAUAAGUCUUUCUGGAGAACAAUAUUGUCAUUUUCUUUCUCUUCUCCUCCUUGGUUUACUGUCUGUGUCUGUCUGUCUGUCUGUCUGUCUGUCUGUCUGUCUGUCUGUCUGUCUGUCUGUCUGUCUGUCUGUCUGUCUGUCUGUCUGUCUGUCUGUCUGUCUGUCUGUCUGUCUGUCUGUCUGUCUGUCUGUCUGUCUGUCUGUCUGUCUGUCUGUCUGUCUGUCUGUCUGUCUCCAUCCCUCUGUACCCCAUCCCCCUCUCAGGAAGGAAAUCACAUGACCUGUGCUUUGUUACACAGGUGUCUCAUUAUUAUCCAUCAACUCCAUGACAACUGGGCAAAAUAAAAUAACUAUAUUUAUUUGUUUAUAUACUUAUUUUUUAAAUCAUCUAUAUUUUUAUAAAUUUUUUAUGUGUAGUGUCAUCUACGUUAUUAUUAUUUUGUUUUAUCUUGACAUUUAAAUGGGUUCUGUUAAGGUCAGUAUUCCAUGCUCAACAUUGAAAUCAUUUUUGGUACUUUCUACAGAGAAGACCUUUUCUAUUGUAUUAUGUAUGUGCUUUACCGAAUUGUAAGACGAUGCCACAAAUGUUGAGAAUGGUAAUAGAGUAAAGAUAGAAGAAUAGCAGUAA